AUGGUUGAAUAUGACCGGAAUUCAAAUAUCCUAUCCAAGGAUUGGAUGGAUUUAGCAAGGUAUAGCAAAUCGUAUAUUGAUGGUGUUGAAUCAUUCCUAGAUUUUGCUUACUCUUAUGGAGAUCCUCAAGGAGAGGAAAUUCAGUGUCCAUGUGCAAAAUGUUGUAAUAUUCGUUGGACUCGAAGGAAUGUAGUGUAUGAUCAUCUAAUAUGUUAUGGAUUUGUUAAAGGUUAUACUAGAUGGAUUAAUCACGGGGAAUGGGAUAUCAAGUUGAAUGUUGACGAUGAUAUGGAUUACUCGCAUAAUGAUAUUUAUGGGUUGCUGAAUGAUCAAUUUAGAGAUAUUGCACAAGCUGAAGGAGUUUAUGAUGGUCCAAAUGAAGAUGCCAAGAAUUACUAUAACUUAGUUGAAGAGGCAAGCCAAGAAUUAUAUCCUGGUUGUACAGGAUUCUCUAAAUUAUCAUUCACACUUCGCUUAUAUUUGUUGAAGUGUCUACAUGGAUGGAGCAAUGAAUCAUUCACUUCUCUUUUGGAGUUAUUAAAAGAGGCGAUGCUCGAGUUGAACAUUCCUCCGUCUUACAAUAAAACCAAGUCUAUGGUUAAGAAUCUCGGUCUUGAUUAUGAGAAAAUUGAUGCAUGUCCAAAUGAUUGCAUGUUGUUUAGGAAUGAUCAUAAGGAUGAUGAAUUUUGUCAUACUUGCGGAGCUUCACGAUAUAUUAAAAAUCCUGAAAUUGAUAGUGAGGUUGAGCCUUCUAAAAAAUCACAUCGAGUUUCAGCAAAGACUUUGAGACACUUUCCAUUAAUUGCUAGACUCAAAAGGUUCUUUAUGUGCUCAAACACGGCAGAUUCUUUGAGGUGGCAUGACGAGGAGCGUUCUAAAGAUGGAAAGUUAAGGCAUCCUGCAGAUGGUCAAGCAUGGAAAGAUUUUGAUAGGUUGCAUCCAGAUUUUGCACUAGAUUCUCGCAAUGUGAGACUUGGAUUAGCAAGUGAUGGGUUCAAUCCAUUUUGA